AUGGACGAAGUAAGCUCGAUUCCUUUUCAAUCACCAGGUGGUGGUAUGUAUUGGAAACCUCGGGUUGAAGCUGAAUUUAAACCUUAUCUAACCCAAAGCUUCCGAUCACUAGAGGAUGGUAUACAGUUUUACCGAGAGUAUGGACGUAAAAGUGAGUUUGAGAUCAGACGGCAUACAGAGAAGAAACAUGAGGACGGUACAGUUCUUCUUAAACACAUUGUUUGCAGUAGAGCUGGCAGCAAUGAAUCAAAGAUGGAUGUUAAUUUUGAGGAUUUUAGUAGCAAUUCGAAAAAGAGAAGAAGAACUGUAUCUAGUAGAUGUGGUUGCAAAGCUAAAGUCGUUUUUAAGUUCGAUGGUUUGAAAGGAUAUAAUGUUCUCUUAUUCGUUGAAGAGCAUUCUCAUUUUUUUGUGUCCGGGAGUGGGAAACAAUUUUUGAAGUCAAAUAGAGUUCUCGGUCUCGCACAUAAGAAACUUGUAUUUGAUGGUGCAAAAGCCAACAUGGGGCCUAACAAAACAUAUAACUUUGCUAAGGAGUUGUGUGGAAGUUAUUCUAAUGUUGGUGCUACGUGUACCGAGUUUAAAAAUUGGAGUAGGGAUGUGAAGCUUUAUAUUGGUGAUCGAGAUGCUCAAAUGAUCAUCGAGAAGUUCACGGAUAAGAAGGAGAUGAGUGAUGGAUUUGCAUUUUUUGGGCAGAUGUUAUUGGACGAAGAAAUUACGAUGUACAACAUGAAGUUUGUUCCAUUCACUGGUCUCGACAAUUAUAAGGAGUGUGUUGUAUUCAUGAAAUGCAUGAUUCGCGAGCCAAAGUGUAUUGUUACAGAUCAAUGCCCUGCCAUGAAGCAAGCUAUACCAACCGUCUUUAGAGAAGCACGUCACCGUUUGUGCAUGUGGCACAUCAUGAAGAAAUUUAACCAAAAGCUGGCAAAAUGCAUUUCGAAGAUGGAUGAUUUCAAGAGGAAGAUCAAUGCACUGAUUUGGAGUAUAGAUAUAGAUCCAGCAACAUUUGAAGUAGGUUGGAAAGAUGUUAUGAAAGAAUUUAAGCUUGAAAGUAAUGAAUGGUUGUGUGAACUGUAUAACAUUCGGGAGUCAUGGAUUCCAGCCUAUUAUGCUGAUGAUCCAAUGACUGGUUUAUUGUGUACUACAUCAAUAUCAGAGAGUGAGAACAGUUUCUUUGACAAAUUCAACCGUAGAUCUGACACAUUGACAGAAUUUUAUCUCCGAUAUGAGAGUGAUAUGGAUAAGCAAAGGCAUACAAACGCAAGAUUAAACUAUGAAGGAACAAAAUCGAUGCCAAGAAUGGACACACCAUUGUUAUUGGAGAGGGAUGCAGCAGAGUUGUACACUCGAAUAAUAUUUUAUGAGGUACAGAAAGAGAUAAUGUCAUCCUGUUAUGAUAUGAGUAUCAACAGUAUAUCGGAACAAGAUGGUGUGCAGAUUUUUUCCAUAAAGGACAAAAAGAGACAUGGAAAAAUAUUUGAGGUAAAACUUAAUAAUGGAGAUUGA